AUGCUUGAUGUAGAUAUCCAUGAAAUGAGUUUGAGAGAGACUAAAACUUGUAAGAAUGUAAAGAUUAUGAUGAAAUACAAUGGUACUUAGAUCAAAGAAUUUGAUUCCAAUAUGCAUGAAACUCCCACAGUAAAACUUGACAUAAAGUAAAGUGCCUUUAGUGUUGGUUAAGUUUAAGGUAACCAUCCUUUGUAGAAACAAAUAGCUUUGAGGAUUUCUACAGCAAGAGUAUGA